CCAUAACUCUUUAUCACAGAUCACAGUAACCUCUGUGAUAUGUGUUCAAUCAUGUCAUGAGCUUUAAACGUUAUUUAAUAUUUUGGAUAAGGAUUUAAACUUGAAUGAAACCCAGCCUGAAAUCAUCAUGUUUCGGUCUUUGCUAGCCUCAGUUUUCCCUACGAAAACGAGCGUGCCAGUGUUAAAUCGUUUGAUUUGCCAGAAGUGUGGGAGCUCCAAAAGAACUGCCUUUCGGAGCUACAGCCAAGAGAAUGGAAGAAAACCGAGCGAAGAAAGCAGGAAACGUAUGAGAUCCACUCUCUAUUAUAUGACGGCGGCAGGGAUUGUAACAGUCGGCAUGAGCUAUGCGGCCGUUCCACUAUACAGGAUGUUUUGCCAGGCCUACAGCUAUGGGGGUACCACAGCUCAGGGCCACGACGGCUCUAAAGUAGAGACAAUGAAAUCCAACAAAACCAGAGCCAUCAAAGUGAAGUUCAAUGCUGAUAAGGCCUCGAACAUGAGGUGGAACUUUAAGCCCCAACAGAACGAGAUAACUGUGUACCCAGGAGAGACAGCUUUAGCCUUUUAUACAGCUAGAAACCCCACUGAUCAAAGUGUGGUGGGGAUCAGCACCUACAACGUCAUCCCCUUUGAAGCUGGCCAAUAUUUCAAUAAAAUCCAGUGCUUUUGCUUCGAGGAACAAAUGCUCAAUCCCCAGGAGCAGGUUGAUAUGCCGGUUUUCUUCUACAUUGACCCAGAAUUCGCAGAAGAUCCAUAUCUGGAAUUCUGCAACGAAAUCAUUCUAUCCUACACAUUCUUUGAAGCUAAGCCGGGUCUCAAAUUUCCCGUACCCCAGUUCGCUAAAAGAUAAUAUUAAUUUUAAUGACAUAGUACCGUGUUUAUUGUCGUUAUCUAUCUUAUUAAAAACCUGUUGUUUUUAA